UGUGCUCAGUCUUCGGUUCAGCAUCUCCACGGUCAGCAUGGCCCCGCGGCUCUUCACACAGAGGGACGUGGCCCGACACAGCACGGCGGACUCCUGCUGGGUGCUGCUGGGGACCAGGGUGUACGACGUGACCUCUUUCUUGCGGUUGCAUCCCGGCGGGGAGGCGCUCAUACUCGGGCGGUCAGGCGGGGACGUUCGCCGGGAGAUGGAGGGACCCCCGCACCGGCACUCGGAGAACGCCCGGCGGUGGAUGGAGCAGUACUACAUCGGGGAGUUGGAAGCAGACAGCGGCACGGACGAGGCACAGAUUCUGAGAGAGAGGAGGAAAGCCAUCGAGACGGGAGACGAGGCGACGGACGGGCACGCGAAGGAGGAGGACGAGCAUGCCGAUUACAACCGCUGCAGCUCCGUGGACCUGGAUACGGAUUUGGUGGACUGGCGGAAGCCGCUGGCAUGGCAGGUCGGCCACCUAGGAGAGAAAUAUGAUGCGUGGGUUCACCAGCCGGUCGACAGACCAAUCAGACUGUUUGGAAACCCCUUCCUGGAGGCCAGCACCAAGACUUCCUGGUACUGGGUACCAGUGGUGUGGCUUCCUAUUGUGUUUUAUGUCAGCUGGCACUGCUACUCCACCCUGGCGAAGGGCACCACACGGCUCAACCUCACAUCAGGCAUCUCGGUGCCGAUCCACAGGUACUUCUUCCCGCUGCUCUUCCUGCUGGGCUGGUUCUUGUGGUCAUUGGUGGAGUACUGCAUCCACCGCUUUGUCUUUCACAUGAAGCCGCCGGCCCACAACUACUACCUCAUCAUGAUCCACUUCCUGCUGCACGGACAGCACCACAAGUCUCCGUUCGACGGCGCCCGGCUGGUCUUCCCCCCCGGCCUGGCCUCCCUGGUGGUGGGUGGUUUCUAUCUCCUCCUCUGCAGGACGCUCCCGGAGAUCCUCGGGACGUCGGUGUUCGUCGGAGGCCUGUACGGCUACGUGGUGUACGACAUGAUCCACUACUACCUGCACUACGGGUCGCCCAAGAGGGGCUCGUACAUGUACGGCCUGAAGGCCUACCACAUCAAACACCACUUUGAGCACCAGAGGGCAGGUUUCGGAAUAACCUCCACGUUCUGGGACCACCCCUUCAAAACAGUCAUCCCCGGGGAGAAAUUCUAACACACGGUGACAGCUCGCCUGAAGGGCCACGGGACUAAAAUUAAAUGACCCUCCGGCCAGCGACCCGCCCACGUGCCGUAACCACCCCGGACACCCGUAUUUCAAUCUCCGCCACCACAGCUUUACCAAAACCACGGAGGAUCCGACAAGUCUAUCUUACGCCAUCUUUCUUUUUGAUCCCAGAUCGCCAAACAUUCCCGGCCGGAGCUCGGUGGUGUGUGUGCGUCGCACCAGUACGCAUCAGUACGCACCGUUUUCCUCUCGUCAUUCCUGCACAGUUGCAAAGCCUUUCUGUGCCAUUCUUAAACAUUUUGUAUGAUCAUUGUUAUUAACCAAAUCAACAUCGACCACCACUGUGCUCUUCACCUUUGACCAUUGCGUCGUACUUGAAAUUGAAGGAAUUAAAUGAUUCCAUUGCAGCUGUAGAAUCGUAUAUUGCACAUUCAAAAUCAACCCGGAGAAAACGCGCUGUGUUAGCGCAAAAAGGGCCGCGGUGGCACGCGCGCCAAAGUCGCAUCUCCACUUUCGACUUUGGCGAAUUCAAAACCGCUGACUGAUGUUGACCCCGCCCACGUACAGCUUCGAAUACCGCCUCCUGUGUGACGACGCCCUGACACCGAAUUCAAGUCACUUUAUUUUGUACAGCCCAUUCUCACAAAUUACAAAUUUGCCUCAGAGGGCUUUACAUUCUGUACACAUACGACAUCCCUGACCUUUGACCUCACAUCGGAUCUGAAAAAGAAAACAAGAAAUAGAAAAUAGAAAAAAACCUUUCACGGGGAAAAUAAAGGGAAGAACCCUCCAGGAGAGCAACAGAGGAGGAUCCCUCUCCAGGAUGGACAGAAGAAUAGAUGUCAUGUGACCAGAAGGAAUCAUUAGUGUUAAAACACAUUCAAUGAGUAUGACGGAGUGUAUGAAUCGUUGGUACACACAGACACACACACACACACACACACACACACAAAACAAGAUUCCCUCAGAGGAGCAUAAAGGUAAAAGGAAGUGAUAUAUGGUUGUUAAAUGUGGAAGACGGAGAAGGAGCGGUAUGUGACAAAGUGUGAAUAGAGGUGUGAGAGAGAGAGAGAGAGAAUAACCUCCAUCCUUCCUCUGCACUUCAAUGCUUCUCUCUGUUGGCCGCCGCCACUCGGCCACAGAGCUACUCUCUGUCGCGCUGCAGGUUAACCGUCUGUGAGGUUCCCUCCACCGUUCUCUUGACUGUACUUGUUUGGGAACAGCUGUGCACGGAGAAUAUUUGGUUUCAGACAUUUUACCACGCUGACAGCUGGGAUUUUAUUUAUUAUGCAAUGUCGUAUAAAGCCGAGUCCCACACGUUUCUAACCACUAGAGAUAUAUUUUUGAAAGUCUUUUGGAAUACUUCGUCCGUUUUUCUUUUUUCGUCGUUCACUAUACAACAAAGAUGUCUAGACGAUAUUUUGUAAGAUGCUUUGUAUGAAAGAGGAGGGUGUUUAUUUGCGUCGGUGUUUUUUUCGUUGCCGGAGUGAGCUGAUUUUUUUAAAAUUAUCGGCGGGGCGCUAAGAAAACUAAUGCGUUAAGCUGUAGAGAUGGAUGGAUGUAAUGUGUUGCCAUGGCGUCAGAGGGGAGGAGCUGAAGGCAUGAGGCCGGCCCGUCAGACUUCCUGCUGCAGGGAUCUCGGGGUUCUUUUAUUAUUUCGUGGAGCCCGCAGACCCCAGCAGGAUGACGAUGGUCAAACCAUUUGACCGGGCAGCAGGAGGCCCUGAUGGAGACCGGUGGAUCCUCACAACGUCUCCUCUGAACACUCCACGGCAUCACUGAUAACCAAGAGAGAACAAAACUAUCACAUAACAUUCACAUGAAUAAGUAGAGCAGAGUGAGAAGAUACCACAACUGCAGGAAAUCAUCUCUCAUCCACUUUUCUCGUUUGAAGAGACUAUUUACACAAUAUGUACAUGUACAUACAUAAUGCAAAAUUACAUGCAAAAUCUAUUUCAGAACAUUUAUGAAGAGGAAAUAAUAGCUAAUGCAGUGAAAUUAUUCCAUGCGUGUAUUCUUUUUUCACCGUACUAUUCAGUGCAGCAAUAAUAAUAAUGAAGUUUUCAGGUAAACCUUAAGAGGGCUGUGUCGCCAAAACACUGCUUCUGAUGAAUUAAUACAAAAAGAGAAAACCAAAGAUUCCUUUUGAUGUCGGUAAUGACAGCGGAUGAUGAUGAUGAUGAAGAUGAUGAUGAGAGUAAUUAUGCAAACUGAUUGCGGCGGCUGCUUUGCGAAGUGGAGCGAUUCUACCCAGAUCUUAUUUAUGUAUAUUUAGAUGAUACAGAGGAAAGAUGACAGCUUGUACGCCUACAUUAUGCAGCAGUAAAUGAUAUUCCCUGAAUCUGUUUACUUUAAUAAAUCCUAACCUUUAUUUUCGGAAUUGUAAGCGUGUAUGCAAAUGCAUUUAAAAAAACGUAUUUGUAAAUAAAUGCCUGUAUAUUUCUGAUGUCA